AUGUCGACCUUCGAUGGCAUUGUAGAGGAGUUUCCGGAGAUUCGCAUUGACCACUUUCGGAAGUGCCCAGAGCGGCCUGCGCCACUAGCUUGCUUCCUCAGCCAUGUGCACAGCGAUCAUUUACAGGGUCUCGAGUCCUUUCGGGCCCCGUUUAUCUACUGCUCGCCGGCCACGCGAGAGCUGCUCCUCCGAAUUGAGAAGUAUCCCCAUCGGAUGAACUUCAAUAAAGGCAUCUUGGAGUCACGCCGACUGCACUAUAAGCACCUUGCCAAGCUUCUGCGCCCAAUUCCACUAAACACCCCCACGGAAAUCAACCUCACACCCCGACGUCGCAUCAAGGUGACAUUGUUCGAUGCGAACCAUUGCACCGGGGCUGUGAUGUUUCUAAUUGAAGGAGGUGGGAAGGCAAUUAUCUACACAGGGGACAUCCGAGCCGAGACAUGGUGGGUCAGCAGCUUGGUUCGUCACCCGAUCUUGAUACCGUACACUCUGGGCCAGAAACGACUGGACAAGUUGUAUCUGGACUCUACCUUUGCAAGCAAGACAAAUCCAUUCCGGGAGUUUCCUUCCAAAGCUGAAGGUCUGUCUGAGCUGCUGCAGAAAGUCCAAGCUUAUCCUGAUGAUACAGUAUUCUACUUCCGUGCAUGGACGUUCGGUUACGAGGAUGCCUGGAUAGCGCUCUCAGCUGCGCUGAACACAAAGGUUCAUGUGGAUCGGUACCAGAUGGGACUUUAUCGGUCUCUGGUCCAGACCCCAAGCAAUAGGGGUGUUAAUGAAGCCCCUGCUCUAUGUGGCUUUGAGCUAGGAAACGAAGCUGUAACAGGUUGCCUAAGCAACGACAAGUCAAGCCGAAUCCACAGUUGUGAGCCUGGAGUCUCAUGCCCGGCAGCUCGCGGUAAUAACGCGGUCUACAUUGUGCCUAUCGUAAAUCGCACAACUGGUGGUGCGGAAAUCCCCGAGGUCGGCGCAGGCGGUGGUAUUGGGGAUCUAUACCAAACACAUGAACUCGAGCUACCGGAUGAAUCUGCACUGGCUGAAUUAGAGAAGCUGUGUCUGAAACAUGUCCAGGACAAACAGGCCCUUUCUCAGGUGCGAGGUGCCCUUCUGGAUGCGUUCCGAUCGAGGAAGAAAGCACUCUCGCUUGAUACAUAUGGCGUGAAGGAUGAGGGCGAAAUUUCGUUGAAGAAUCUUGUGACCGCUCUAAGCCAUGGUCCAUCGGAUACCUCUAGCCGAUUGUCCCAGCCAGAUCUGCCCAACACGAUACGAUUCCCAUAUUCACGACACUCUUCCUACUCCGAACUAUGUGAGCUCGUAGCUGCCUUCCGGCCCAAAGACAUUCAUCCAUGCACUGUGGAUCCAAAGACCUGGAAUGAAGACGUCUCCAUCAGACGUCUGUUCGGCCACCUUUGUUCAGGAACCGAUUUUUCGCACGACACUCACAUGCGGCAGACCAUAACUGAUAAUGUUGACGACGAGGGAGAUUUGCGCGCAAGAAAAAGGGCCCGAUACGACAUGGACCUCUCCACACAGUCUACACAAGAAACCAGUAGUGACAUUGAAGAUCUCAGUCUGGAUACUGCCGAUGCAAGCCAUCGUCAUGACCAGAAGCAGGACUCUCUACAUCAAUUGAGUCAAUCAGAAGAGGCAGCCAGGGUUAGGCGCAACGAAAUCCGUCAAGCACACCGCUAUCUCCAAGAGCAUGCAGAGCCUGACCUCUUUCGAGUCAAUCCUCUCCCGUCUACAUGGCCGACAGAAAAAGAAGACAGGUUCGAUCCUGCCAGUGACGAGGGAAGUGAAGAAGAGGAUACGCUCAUAUCUGACCAUCCAGAUUUAGAACCUUCGGCCACAGGACUCCGACUCAGAUCUGAGCCAAGCACGUCUACAAAAAUCAUUGACUUAACUGGCGAUGGCACUACAUCUCUUCGUCCAAUCACCCAGCAACCAGACAGUCAACGCACAGACAUACUUUCUCUCUCCGUCUCCGAAUCAGCAUUUGAUUCUCCAGACCGGAAUUCCGUUGAAAAUGAGCUACAAGACCCAGCACAAGGAGAAGAAACAGUCAGUCACUCACGUCGUGCACGUAUUGCUGCUUAUCUGGCUGCGCGCGAAGGUACUUUCUCUGCAUGGACAGAUGUGUCGCUUGUUUCGGCGGGUGAUAAUCAUGGAGAGGAGGAAAUUGAGCUAUAG